AUGACGGAAGUAUCAAAACGUUCUGCUUCUGAAGAAAGCAGAUAUGGGUUCAUAACAACAAAUGAGAUACCCAUUCUGAAAAAAAGAUGUAUCCCACUGAUUGAAGAGAGAUUCGAAAGAGUAAUGUCAAUUUAUAAACUGAAAUCUGAUACAAUGGAUGUAGGAUUAGCCAUAUUGAAUACAAGAACUUUAGAACUAGUAUUGGUGAAUUUUUGUGAUACUCUGACAUUUGUUAGGAGUGUUAAUCUACUUAAAGUAUAUGAACCAACAAUUAUAAUCAUUCCAUCUGUUCAAACCAACCCACAAAUCGAAAAAUUGAAAUACAUUCUACAAUCAAAUGUUCCUGAACAAACAAAAUUGCAUUUUGAAAAAGGAAAUUUAUUUAAUAUUUCUAACGGAUUGAAUAUGCUCAAGAUCUAUGGUGAUUUAGAAGAGACUAGUUUGUUGCAAGCUGUCAGUGGUAAAGAAUUGUCAUUAUCAGCAGUCAAUGCAUGCAUCAAUUAUUGUAUUUCUUCAAGGCAAUUUCGUACCACCAAUAAAAUUAGAUUAAAGUUUGACAGUUGUGAAAACACCAUGCUCAUUGAUAUAAAUACUAUUAGAGACUUGGAAUUGAUUGAAAGUUCAGGUGAAAACGGUACCACCUUAUUCUCCUUUUUGAAUAAAUGUGUCACAAAAAUGGGACAACGGUUGUUGAAAACUUCCCUAUUACAACCACUUACACACGAGAAUAGUAUAAAGUUAAGAUUAGAUGCUGUUCAUGAAUUAAUGACAAAUGAAGAUAUUCUCAUUGGAAUUAGAACCUUGUUGAAACAAACCCAGGAUUUAGAAAAGGUGUUUGCUUCAUUCUUGGAUCCAAAAUGUAUGACUGGUCAUGACCAAGCAAUCAAUAAUAUCAUCUUGUUGAAAACAUCUUUAGAGAAGUCAUUCUCAAUGAACAAAAGCUUACUGUUUAUGCAUAGUCAUUUAUUGGUACAAAUCAAACAAAUACUUGAACAUGAUAGUAUCCGGAUUGCAUUGGACUUGAUAAAUCAGUACCUUCGUGAAGAUUGUCAAUGGGCAAACAGUAGUAUAGAAUUAGCCAAUCAAAGAGCAAACGCAAUUAAACCUGGAGUUAACGGAUUGUUAGAUGUUUCGAGAAAAAUCCGGGAACGAUUACUAGAGGAAGUUGCCGAGUAUGUGGAAAAUCUUUCUGAUGAGUUGGAAAUUGCUAUAGAACAUCGUUAUGAAAACCAUCGAGGAUUUUUUAUCAAAAUAAAAGAAGAUAGAAUUGGGAGCUCGGGACUUCCAGAUGGUUUUAUUAAUAAAAUCAAAAAGAGAAAAUUCAUUGAAUGUACUACUAUAGACCUUAUGAAACAAAGUUCUCGAUAUUACGACAUACUUUCUGAAAUCACAACAUUAAACAGUACCAUAAUUGAAGAUUUAUAUGGUAAGAUCAACGAGUACAUGCCAAUUUUUCUUAUGGUAUCAGAAGCUAUUGGUACUUUAGAUUUGUUAUGUUCAUUUGCAUAUUUUACAAGUAUUCAGAAAAGCUCAUAUGUGUGUCCUGAAUUUGGCCAGGAUGUGACUAUACUUCGAUCAUACCAUCCAAUUCUUCUGACAACAGUUUCAGAUUUUGUUCCAAACAAUUAUUCAUGCAACUAUGAGAUAUCGAGAUUUCACGUUAUAACAGGUCCCAAUAUGAGUGGAAAGUCUGUAUAUCUACGCCAGUUUGCAUAUCUAGUUAUCAUGAGCCAAAUGGGGAUAUUUGUCCCAGCAGAGUUUGCUAAAAUGAAAAUAUUUAAAAGCAUUUACUCAAAGUUGUCCUGUGAUACCCAUGAAAUCAAUGCAUCACUGUUUUCAACAGAAAUGAGUGAAACAGCAAAUGUUUUGAAAAACCUGAAUCAUGAUAGUCUUGUUAUUCUUGAUGAACUAGGUAGAGGGUCAAGUUUUGCAGACGGAUUUUCAAUUUGCCUUGCUAUUUUGGAACAGUUAUUACACAUGGGAGCAUUUGUUUUCACAAGUACACAUUUUCGAGAUAUUGCUGAAAUUUUAUCCAACAAGUCUUGUGUAGUCACGUCUCAUAUGGAAACAAGUGAACUAAAUGGGAAUCUUCAAAUGAAAUACAAUUUAGUACUGGGAAGAACAGAUCAAUCUGGAUAUGGUAUAAGAUAUGCCGAACACUCACAACUAUUACCAAAAGAGAUGAUUGACGAGGCUAAAGAAAUAGCAAAGGUAUUGGAAUCACGAAAGACUGUUUGCCAGAGCGAAGAUCAGAAACUAAUUGCAAAACGGCGUAAAUUAGUGCUUGAGUUAUAUUUUGCUUUAAAUCAUAUCUCCAAUCUUGAUGCAGACACCACAUAUAAAACACAAAUAUUGAGAACUUUACAAGCUAAAUUUGUCGAAGAAAUUAAUGGAAUUCAUAACAGUUCAUAA